GUUGUUUCGUACAGUUUAUAUUCUUAUAGUUAAAAACGACUUAGCUUGUGUUUGUUGUGAUAAUUUUUCGUGUUAGAAGCCUGGUAGCUAGCUUUGUACGGCUGUUUACGUCGCUGUCUCAUCCCGCUUGCCGUAGUCCCGGACCUAAACAAGAACGUGGGCGAAGAUGAAACUUGUUCAGAUUUGGGAGCUACAGUUGAUAUUCAAGCCGGGAGCAAGAUAAGAAUCUCUUGAAGACAUAAAUGGGGAGAAACGCGGCGAACCAGAGAUGCUUCUGUUCCUAUCUCUCCUGAGCUUCAGUGCGCCACUAGGGGGCGACACCUCACCAAUCAGCUGCUACAAUGACAAUGGAGCUGCAGUUGAUUGGUUCUAUAUGUACAAGCUGCCCAAAGAACAUGACAGAAAAUCUCCCCAGCAGGGCGAGAACUAUUUACUGCUGGAAAAAGGGAGUGAAGGGUGGACUAAUGGGAAGGCGAAAGUGAACGACACCACAGGAGCUCUGGGCAGGACAGUUGGACAACUCUACUCACAAGGAAAGAACACAGAAGUAGCCUACAUCCUUUACAAUGACCAGAGGCCACCGCUGGACUUUGGUGACAGAUGGGUUGACAACAGCGGAAGCAGAGGGGGGCACACAAAAGGUGUUGUCCUGCUGGAUAAAAAUCAGGGCUUCUGGUUGGUGCACAGCACCCCUCAGUUCCCCCCUGUGCAAAAGGCAGGGCAGUAUUAUUACCCCAGCAGCGGCGUCAUCAACGGACAAAACUUUAUCUGCGUUACCUACCCGCUCGACCGCUUCCAGACCAUCGGAGAGCAGCUUCAGAUCAAUCAGCCUAAUGUGUACGACUGCAACGUCCCCGAGUCCUUGGCGUCCCUGGUGCCUGCGCUCGCUGCUGUCUGUGAGAAAAAACAUCUGCCUGGUCACAUUCUUCCACAUAUCAAACCUGUGUCCAAUCGCAGCGUGACUCUGACCUCAAAGGACGGCACCGACUUCAUCAGCUUCGCUAAAGGAGCCUCUUUUGACAAUGACCUGUACCACUCCUGGGUGGCCCCCACCCUCCAGUCAGACCUCCUGGUCCAGUUCUGGAUUCGCUCCCCGGGAACCCUCCCCUCCGACUGCUCGCAGGGCUGGAAGGUCCUGGACAUCACGCUCAUCAAUCCGGGGCAGGCGUUCACCUUCCAAACCAGCAAGGACCACUCCAAGUGGGCCGUCAGCCCCGAGGCGACUGGGUCGGGGGCCAGAGGAGGCUGGGUGUGUGUGGGAGACAUAAACCGGAACAAGGCGGAGGAGAAGCGAGGCGGCGGCACGGUGUGUCUGCAGGACCCCGUGGUGUGGAAGGCUUACCGGACGGCAGCGCUGCAGUGUCAGGCUUGUGGAGGAGGCAAGAUCCAGUGUUGAUACCCAGCUAGAGCCAGGUGGGUCAGCUGGGCUUAAGGAGAGGGCCAUCACAGGUUGAUCAGGGUGAGAUAAUACCAGGCAGGUGGGUUUUUAAAUGUUUGAACAUUAUUUGUUACCAUGAAUGUUUUGUUUAAUGUGAUAAAAUCAAAUUGGAAUAACCCAUGUAAGGAAUUUAAAAGUAAUAUGAUCCUUUCUGGAAUUGUAAAAAAAACAAAACUCAUCCAACUUUGUCUGAAAAUAGUUAAUGAAGAAGCUGAUUGAGAAAAUAUGUUUUUGCAUCCUCUGACACACAAAAACUCUUUCACUUGUUCAGAAUGACUGUCAGCUGCUGUCAGGGGCUGCUACAGGCUCGUCUUCAAACUAAAUGCACGCUAAACGAUGCUGGAGGAGUAGAAGUAGUGCAAUCUGACAGGAAGCUGAGAGUUUUAUGGGAAAUAUGGUUUGCGUUUUGAAAAACACAAAAGCCUCAAAGUGCUCCUUUAAAUGAAACCAUUUGUUCAAGUGUCUUUAAAACCACUGGGUACUGUUUUAACUGAAACUGAUGAGGCGAUGUUGGGAACUGUGCAAGUGCUGCCUCACUAACUUGAAGCUUUUCUGUUUAAAUCAACAUUAGCCGGUUUGUGGGUUUGUUCUCAGGGAGCGCGGCGAGCUUCGCACGUUGAAAUCAACGCUAUUCUAAAUGGCUUUCGUGGAAUUUCAAAUGUAUGAACAGCAGCUGAUUAACUGCACGACGUUAACAUUCAGCACACGCACACAAAUCACUGAAAGUAUUGAACUACAGACACUGAUCCAGGUGUGGGGAAUGCUUUAAUACUGUGUGUUUCAGGAGUGUUUGUUGUUAACCGGCUUGGUUUGAGCGUCCGUGAAUUUAAAAUGGCCUUUUCUGACGCAUCCAGAACUCUUUUAUAAUGCGCCUUAGAUUUUAUAGUUCACAUUUACACAUACAUACAUCUGUUCUGACCUUGAUUUUGCUUGAAGAUAAAUAUGCUGGCUGUCUUGAAUCUGAAUAAAAAGACUAAAAACUGUA